UUUCCUAAACAUUAACUCUCUGGAAUCCUUUCAACCAGGACGUGGCUGACCUCACACACAUUCACCGGUUUUCAUUCUUUGCGAGGACAAAUAACAAAAGCUUUCUAAAGGGAUCAUGGCAGCGGCCGGCUUGCAGAUUCUGGGCAUCGCCCUGGGCCUUAUCGGCGUGAUCGGGGCCAUCGUUACGUGCGCCAUCCCCAUGUGGCGGGUGACCGCCUUCAUCGGGCAGAACAUCGUCACGGCGCAGACCACCAACGAGGGCAUCUGGAUGACCUGCGUGGUGCAGAGCACGGGCCAGAUGCAGUGCAAGGUCUAUGACUCCAUGCUGGCUCUGAGCAGCGACCUGCAGGCGGCCCGCGCCCUCAUGAUCAUCUCCAUCCUCGUGGGCGUCAUGGCCAUACUGCUGGCCGUGGCCGGAGGCAAGUGCACCAACUGCGUGGAGGACGAGGGCGCCAAGGCCAAGAUCGCCAUCGCGGCCGGCGUGAUGUUCAUCAUCGCCGGCAUCAUGUGUCUGGUCCCCGUCUGCUGGACGGCCAGCACGGUGGUCAGGAACUUCUACAACCCCCUGGUGAUGGGCUCCCAGAAGAAAGAACUGGGCGCGGCGCUCUUCAUCGGCUGGGGCGCGUCCGCCCUGCUCCUCGUGGGUGGGGCCUUGCUGUGCGCCAACUGCCCCCCCAAGGAUAACUACACCGCCAAGUACUCGGGAGCCAGGUCCGGCGUGUCCAAGGACUACGUCUGAGAAUCACGGAGGGGAAAACCCGGCCAGUUUUGAGGAAGACAUGAGCCGAAAGGAGAGACUGAAACGGACUUGGAGAGAAAAAAAGGGAAUUAAGUGUUGUGCCAAAUCUGCUGUGUGUUGUGUGUGUGUGAUGGGAAGCGUGACCUUCGCACGGCGUGUUUUAGCAGUGUAUUUCAAGUGUAGCUGGACCAUUGUAUGCUGAGCUCCGAAGACAAAUGAGGGAUCAGGGUGAUGUUCUGUAUCGGAGAUCGAGUGACAAGAAUUAUCGCCCAAACAACCGAGUCGAGUAAAGGAGUGCGGUUACGUGACACACACGAGACCCACCAAUUUCAAAUGUUCAUUGUUGAGUUUCUACUGUGUCUGCUUUGAAAUAUUUCAAUCAUGUUUUGUUUUUUUAUAUAAGUCGUUUGUGCACAUACUGGGGUCACAAAAGUGUAAAUAAAUAAUUAUUUUUUAAACUUCAAUGUCUUCUUUGCUUUCUGAGUAAAUGAAACACAGUUAAAGGUGCAAAUAGUCAAAUAGUGUGUGACAACUGCCCCCCCAAAGGACAACUACACCGCCAGGUACUCUGGCUCCCUUGGAAAAAAAGGAUUGUGCCAAUCUGCUGUGUGUUGUGUGUGUGUUGUGAGGUGUGUUGCAUGGCGUGUUUGAGCACAAAAGUAUAAAUAAAGAAUUAUUUUUUAAACAUCAA